AUGGCCUACCACCAGCCCCAGGUUCUUUCUCCCCUCGCUGAGAUGGACACCUCUGCUCCUUCCAGCCUUCGUGCUCGGAAGAUGUCCGCCGGAGGCAACAGGUCCUGGUCCGAAGAAGAGACCCGCAUGCAGAAGAUGCCGUACAAGCACAUUGCGGCCCACCUCAAGAAGACCGAGUUGGCUUGCCGCCUGCACUACCACCAAUUGUCGCACGGAAGCCACCGCCGUAAGCGAACCUCCUCCGUCUCCUCGUCGACGUCUUGCAGCUCCGCCGGCCAGUCCCCGGCUUAUUCAAUGGCAGUGGACCAUGAUGAGUAUUCUCAGUCAUCCCGCCAUGGCUCGCCUAUGAGCUACACCGGCGGCAGCCCGCACGUCAGGCAUGCUACGGUCACCAACUCUCCUGGCCGUAACCAGCACAAGAUCCUUCUUCCCAAGCCGCGUCCGCUCACUCCCCGGGAGUCCCCUGAACCACACAAUGCCCUUCGCAUCAACACCGAGGUCGCACAUCAGCCCAAGGUCGUCGACACCGACCGCCUUCGUGCUAUCUACGAGGCUCGUCGCCAGCAGUUCUGGGCUACUGUCGCUGCUGACUAUGGCACUGAUGUCUCCCCGGCUCAGCUUGAGGAGAUCUGGCGCACCGGUUCCAGCGCCGUCCGUCCUCCGACUCCCGACGCCUCUCCCGACGGUAGCAUCAUGCACAACCCUAUCCUGAAGCCGUCGCCCUUCCCGUACGCCUCCCCGAUCAGCAGCGACCCGAGCAAGCACUUCAGCCCCAUGAACAUCAGCGCCGUGUCUGCUCCGGAACGGAUGCCGUAUAUGCUGCCCAUGCCUGUUCCGUCUGCUGGACGCCAACGUGCGGGUACCUGGAGCUCUGCCCCUCGCGAUAACGUCCCCAUCGCGAGCCUGCUGACCGAGGACAAGAACCCGCGGAACUAG